AGGAGAGGCUUUCCUUAAAGCUGUGAGUCUUUUAUCCUGGCAGGCUCCUCAAGAUUGUUGUGAGGAGUCUAGCCAGUUGGUGAGCUCUGUAAUCUAAACCAGCUGUCCCUAGACUGAGGCCCCCAUUUGCAUUGUUUAACAUACUUAGAAAAUGAAGUGUUCAUUUUUAACAUUCCUCCUCCAAUUGGUUUAAUGCUGAAUUACAGAAGAGAACUAAGCAAAACCAGGUGCUUUUGCUGUAUUCUCUCCAGUGUCUGAGGAGGAGCAGACCUCUCCCUGCCCUGUCUAUUAUUUGGUAUUUCAUUCUUUGGAAUACAAAUGACUGAGGAACUCAAGUGCUAGCAAAACGCCGAAGUUCAGACACAUUUUUUAGUUAUUCAGCAGUGCAGACUUUUUUUUCCCCAUCUUUCCUAACCAAUGUUGGACAUGCAAGAAGUAAAGAGGAUACUGACUGUUUUCAUGCUGGCCACCUGCCUUACACACCCUGGGAAAGCACAGCAGCAAUGCACUAACGGGUUUGACCUGGACCGUGCCUCUGGGCAGUGCUUAGAUAUUGAUGAAUGUCGGACUAUUUCUGAGGCCUGUAGAGGAGAUAUGGUGUGUGUUAAUCAGAAUGGUGGCUAUUUAUGCAUUCCCCGAACAAAUCCAGUUUAUAGAUCACCAUAUCUGAAUCCUUAUUCAAACAUUUAUCCACCACCACCAGCUCCCAACUACCCCACUGCUACAAGACCUCUGAUGUGUCGGUUUGGCUACCAAAUGGAUGAAAACAACCAAUGUGUUGAUAUUGAUGAAUGUGCUUCUGAGUCACACCAGUGUAACCCCACCCAGAUCUGCAUAAACACUGAAGGAGGAUACACCUGCUCCUGCACUGAGGGCUAUUGGCUCUUAGAAGGCCAGUGUUUAGACAUAGAUGAAUGUCGCUAUGGCUACUGUCAGCAGCUGUGUGCCAAUGUACCUGGUUCCUACUCCUGUACAUGCAAUCCAGGUUUUACCCUUAAUGAUGAUGGACGAUCAUGCCAAGAUGUGAAUGAAUGUACAACCCAGAACCCUUGUGUGCAAAACUGCGUCAACACAUAUGGCUCUUUUCUCUGUCGCUGUGAUCCUGGCUAUGAACUGGAAGCUGAUGGAAUUAGCUGCAGCGACAUGGAUGAGUGCAGUUUCUCAGAGUUCCUUUGCCAGCACCAAUGUGUGAAUGAGCCCGGUUCUUACUACUGCUCCUGCCCCCCUGGCUAUGUUCUGCUUGAUGAUAACAGAAGCUGCCAAGAUAUCAAUGAAUGUGAGACUAGAAACUUCACUUGUACUACGCAGCAAACCUGUUUCAAUAUCCAAGGAGGAUACAAAUGUCUAGACCCAGUAAAGUGUGAGGAUCCUUAUAUCCAGAUCAAUGACAAUCGCUGCAUGUGUCCAGCUGAAAACCCCGGUUGCAGAGAUCAACCAUUCACCAUCCUAUACAGAGACAUGGACGUGGUGUCAGGACGAUCCGUGCCUUCUGACAUCUUCCAAAUGCAAGCAACAACUCGCUACCCUGGUGCCUAUUACAUCUUCCAAAUCAAAUCAGGGAACGAGGGCAGAGAAUUCUACAUGCGGCAAACGGGACCCAUCAGUGCUACUCUAGUGAUGACCCGUCCUGUGAAAGGGCCACGUACCAUUCAAUUGGACUUGGAAAUGAUCACAGUCAACACUGUCAUCAACUUCAGAGGGAGCUCUGUCAUCCGGCUGAGGAUAUACGUAUCACAGUACCCGUUCUAAACCUUCAGUACAUUCCCUUUAAACGUUAAAAGCAACAACAAAAAGACAUUAGCCCCUUUCUGCAGAUCUUUUUCCUCAGAAAAAUAUAGCAGCUCAAAACCUAACCAGUGUUACCACAGCCCCAACAGCCUAUGCCAUCUGAUGAGAGAAGCCUCUUCAUAUACAGUCCUUUCCAGGAUGCAGACAUCUGAACAUGUAUUGUCGUCAGAUCCCGUAUGAUUUUAUAUGUGAUUAUAUGUUUUAAGAACCAUUUUUGUUGUUGUUGAUUUUAAAAACUUUUUUAGGGUGUGAUUUCAUGCUCCAAAAACUGUGAACCUCCCCACUUCUGUAACUGCAAUACUGCUUAGCAAAGGCACCAAACAAACUGAGGAAAAAGCUGGCUUUUGCUAUUUUGCUUUUUUCAUUUUAAAAGGAAGGCAAACAAACAAAAAAUUCACCUGUCCAAAAGUGGAAUCUGAGAAGCGCUAACUACCGUUGCCAGUUGUUUCUGAAAUUGUCUGUCUCAGUUGUCCCUACAUUUGUCUUAGUUCCAUCUGUCCUUUUUGAUCACAUUUUUUAGUUGAGUCAUUGUAAGUUCUUCUAAAAUACAUGUUGUGCUAUGCUUGCUGGAUCUAUAAGCCCUCCUUUUUAACAAAGUGUCACCUGCGUGGGUUCCUCACUGUAUUAAAUAUUUCUACAUAAUUGAGUUCAAAGAGAUCUAUCACUGGAUUGUGUAUUUUAAAAUAAUUAGGGCCUGAUCCUUAUUUUCACCAAGGCCCUACCCUUUAUAUCACCAAGGCAGCACUAGCAUAAAUUUAUGCUGCCAGAACAGUAUAAAGGGGCCUUAGCAUAACUGAGAAUCAGGUCCUGAGUGUUCAACUGCUUUGCAUACUUUAAUGAUUGUGCAUAAUUAGCGAAGAUUUGAAGUGCUUGUGCUAGUUCUGUGGUUAUGGCCAAAGCUAAUUUCCCAUUGUAACCCCAAUAUUCAAUUUUGCCAAACCCAAUUUCCUCCAAAAGAAAAUAAUCCCCCUGAAAUUACCUAUGCCAAAGCUUUUCCCAGAAUAGAAUUUUUCUGAAAAGUUUUGGGGAAAAAAAUAGAAAAUGAAUUUUUAAAGUUGUGUGGCCCAGUUGAAAUCAAGGGGAGUUUUGCCAUUGACUUUAAUGGGCCAGGAUUUCACCCUGAUGUGGUUUUUGUAAGUUUCUCUCUUUUUGACUAUUUGCAAUGUUUCCAGGUUUUUUCCUCUCCAUUGGCUAAUCUUACCUCCCAAAUGGGCUUGGCCAACAAAGGCUAAAUUGUGCAGGCCUGUCUGAUGACAAGUGACCCAGUGUUUCUCAGAGGGCUAAUAGGGGGUAUACAAAGAUCUAUAAUGUGAAAGAGCUCAGAAUGAGGUGUUUGUACUCCCACGUUAUGGUAGUCUGGGAAGCAAUAUACUAGAGCUUCAUUAGUGUAGAGAUGUAAAGAGGAGGACUGCAGGCUCAGGAAGCUCUCAGGCACGGAUUGCAUGAAGGAAUGGAGAAACUGACUAUCUUGCUUAUAAUAGGCUUUGCAAAUUCAGGACUGAUUUUUAUUUCCCCCAGCAGAAGUACCCCUUGUUCACCAGGUUGCUCUUUGUUUUUAAUCAGCCUGAAGAAAGCCCCGGUACAUUGGACCAGAGCAGAGAAAUGCUCUGCACAGAGCGGAGUGUGCCUUAAAGUAGCAGGACAUUGUAUUUUGUUUUUUUAUUAUUUUAUCUUUUCCUGUUACCUCAGCUGCAGUGUGGGACGCAUUGGGACAGAACCGUUUUCAUGUGUCUACAGACCAUCAUAUACAAUCAUUUAUAUGAUUAUAUAACAACCCUGCUGAUUUCUGCCAGGCUGUGCUGAGCCAGAAAGAAAAGAUGGGAGGUCAGGGAGACACGUGGUCAGGCAGCCAUCCUGGAGGAGCUAGGGAAGGAGUAUAGAGAGAAGUAUCAACAGGGACUGAGGCUCAAAAGGGGUCCAAGCAUCAUAUUCUUCAGGCUUGGAAAAAAGGGGAGGGCAGGUGAUGGGAGGCAUAUGGUUGGGAGGGCAGGAUAGAGUAGCACUGACAGGUGACAGGGGAAGGUAAAAAGUGAGAAACAAGGGAUCUGGGAGCAGGACAGGGAAAGGCAAAGUCUUGCAUUAAAGACAUUAAACUCUUAAUGCUGUCUGUUAUGAAACUUUAAUGCUUAUAGUUUUCUAUGUAGCAAAAACCCUCUCCUCUCCUUCUCCCUCCAUUAGCCCACGAAGGAAUCCUGCUCUGUCCACCCCCAAUAUCACCCACUGGAGAGAAACCCCACUUUGUUGGUCCUUAUAUAAUCUCUUGGAGCAGGUCUCUUCUUCUGGGCCACGCUGUGCGAACUUAAUCUAGCCUUUGGAAUUCAUUAAAGCACAAGAAAACACCAGAGGAAUUCCAUAACAAAACAUUUGUUGAAAGAGACGUAAGGUUGAAAGCGUGAUUCAGCAGAGCCCAGGAAUGCCCAUAAAACAAUAUCACACUUUCAACACAAACACUUUGUGCCUAAAAAAACCUGAAAAUGUCUGGAAGCCUUGAAAAUCAGCCACUUCCCCUCUGCCAUAAAGUCUUCUAUCACUUGCUAUCACCCUGGCCAACCUGAACCUUGCCAAACUAUAUACCAACUUCAAAAUAACAAAUUACUAAUGAUUACAACAUCUAAUGCCCCCACAUUUCCUAUUCAAAGGAUCCAUUUCCAAUAUACUAGUACACAAGCAUAGGUUAUAGCAGUUCUCACAAAUAAGGACUACACAUGUUAGUUUUCACAUAAUAUAUAUUCAGAUAGUUAAAAAUGCAAACUUUCAAGCUCUGCAAACCUUUACAUAACCCUGUGUCUCAAAAUAACCAGGCCCUGUCAGCCGAGCAGGUGUGUCCAGUUGAGAUAAUUAAAUGGGAUAGAGUUACACCUGUGGCUAUAAAAGACUGUCAGAGGGUAGGGAGAGGAGGCAUGACAGGCUAUGCCUGGAAUGAGGAACUGUAGAGGAGUGGUGCUAAUGUCUCUGGUAGAUCCUUAGAGCAAGGGGCCAGGUACUCAGGAAGGUUAUCCCGGAGUUGCUUUUCCAGAAGAGCACCAAAGCUAGCCGAAUGAGGACUGGUGGAGCAGGGAGCUGGAUGGAGUAGUAGGAAGCAGUAUUACUAAAGACACUUGGGAUGGGGGGCUGUGAAACCAUAGCACAGUGGGAGGACCUUCUUGUUUGCUUCAGUUUGAACAGUAAACUGGGCCUAAAGCGAGUGCGGGCAUCGCUAUGAGUGCUUGUUACACUGGGGAGAAGCCCUGCUCUGCCACCCCCUCCAGCUCCAAACUUUCUAUAACACCAGCCAGACCCAUAAUUCUAGUCUUAGUCAUACAAUUAGUCUCCUAGUCCCCCACUGUGUCAUGCUGAACUCUGACAUGUCUCUAUUUGCUGCGCAUUUAAUAAACAAUAGAUCUAAUCAACAGUAUAGAGCUGGCAGCACACAUGGUCUAGUGAAUAUGGCACUAGACUGGAAGUCAGGAGACCCGUGGUCUGUUUCUGGCUCUGCCACUCACCUGCUGUGUGACCUUGGGAAAGUCACUUUGCAUCUCUUUCCCCUUCCACCUUGUGACUGUCUUGUCUCUUUAGACUGUAAAUUCUUUGGGGCAGAGAGUCUCUCUUGCUAUGUGUUUGUAGUAUCUAACAUAAUCUCUGUAGGGGCCUUUAGGGAUAUGGCUACACUGCAAUUAAAGAUCCAUGGGUGACCCAUGCAACUGGCUUGGGCUAAGGGGCUGUUCAACUGUGGUGUAGAUAUUCAGGCUCUCGGACCCUGCGGGGUGGGAGGACCCCAGAGUUUGGGCUGCAACCUGAGCCAGAACGUCUGCACUGCAAUUAAAUAGCCUGAGCUCCAUGAGCCUGAGUCAGCUGGAACGAGCCAGCCACAGGUGUCUAAUCGGAGUGUAGACAUACCCUGAAAAUACUGUAAUACAAAUAAAUAAUAGCAAUCUUCACUACAGAACAAACCAAGCAGGGAAUCUAUUCCCACAAAUGGGUACAGGGGGUGAUGCGAGCCAGGAAGGAUGACAAAUGAAGAUUGUGCCAUAGAAUCAUAGAAUAUCAGGGUUGGAAGGGACCUCAGGAGGUCAUCUAGUCCAACCCCCUGCUCAAAGCAGGACCAAUCCCCAAUUUUUGCCCCAGAUCCCAAAUGCCCCCCUCAAGGAUUGAACUCACAACCCUGGGUUUAGCAGGCCAAUGCUCAAACCACUGAGCUAUUCCCCGCCCCCCCCCGAUGAGUGGUGAAGGAUGAUAUGGUAGUGGGGAACUGACUGGAUCCUCUAAUUGUUUAUUUCCAGACUGUUCAACUUGGGGAUCUUCUUAGGGGUAUACUUUUUUGCAGCAAAUGGGAUGUUAUUUUCUAUUAACUGACCUCCACUGAAACAUACUUUCAACCUGAACCCUUUUUUUUUUUUUUUUAAAUGAUGAUUUGUUUGGGCAUAGUUCCUAUUCUGCUUCCUGAUGUAGAAUCAUAGGAUUGGAAGAGACCUUGAGAGGUCAUGAAGUCCAGUCCCUGAACUCAUGGCAGGACUAAGUAUUUCUAGACCAUCCCCCUACAAGGGGAUGAAUACACAAUCACAGGCCAGGCUUCCAUUCAUGGAUUUUUAACUGAAUAAAAUUGACACUGAUCUACUUAUCAGUCCUCUAACUUAGAUUAAACCAAAUUCUCAGGGUUUGUCUACACAGCAAGUUACUGCACAGUAAGCCAGAGUGUAAUUCUAUAGUAAAACAGCUUGCUGCACAGUAACAUGCUGUGUGGACGUUGAUCUGAAAUUCCUGAAGUGUGGCUUGAUGUGCUACUACUUCAAAGUAUAGUCAGCCAAGCCAUACUCCAGGACUUUCAAGUGUGCUGUGGCAAUGUCCAUGCAGGAUGUUACUGCGUAAUCUGGUGGGCUGUAGAUUCACACCCUCGUUUGUCACACAGUAACUUGUCCCUAGAGGGUCUGAACACCCAAGGUUGAGAAGAGUUGAGAUUUCAGCAUCUCUCAGGACUUAGCUCAUGCAUAAGUCAGGAUUGUUAGUUCUCAACAUGGGAGUCUACACUCCACUUUAGCCUUCUCUGGCCCUCUCUUGAAAGAUUUGUCCCUCUGUUCAGAUGUAGUCCUGGGUCCUGCUCCCAAGCCUAGCUUGGGUUUCACUUUACCUUUCAUUAUAUCUUAGGUGCAUCAUUAGCAUCAGCGCAAUCAAUAAAUCCAGUCUUCUCUAGCUAAAAAUAGACGGAACAGUAUCACUGUUCAAUGGUUCCCAAAUCUAGUCUGUCUCUAGGAUUUCCUGUUGCACUUGUCUCUGUAGUAUCUAUCAGUGUUAAAAACCUGCUGAAAGAAAUUCACAGCUCAGCAACAUGGAAAAGAAAUGAAUCUUGCUUGUAUGUUGUUUAAUUCUGCCUCAUGAUUCAUUCUUGCUACAGUUAAGUGCAGAAUGUUGUACAAAGGCGAAUAAGUAUGUCUACUGCAUGGGCAGAUCCUCAGCUAAUAUAAAUUGGCAUAGCUCCAUUGACUUCAAUAGAGCUAUGACAAAUUACACCAACGGAGGAUCUUCCUGUAAUUUGUGUGUGUGUGUGUGUCUCUCUCUCUACACAUUUCUGCAUGAAUUGAGGGAGAAUUUACAAUGGCUAAAAUUGGAUAUGAUAUGAUGUGUAUAUAUACAUUUGGAAAUAGCCAUAACUAAAGAGUGCAAGGUGAAGAGAGAUGACUGAGCAGUGUUUGAUCAUCCCAAAUGGGUACACAUAAAUAGCUUGAUUACUCCACAUGUUGCUGCUGUAUAUUGUGAGUCAAAUUGUGGCUUGCUCUGCACAGAACCAUGUGCCAUCAAACCUAUGGCCAGCUGUAGGAGCUUGGGGCAGAUACUGGCUAGCCCUAACUUGGGUCCCUCUGCAAUAUCACAGGUCAUUAUGACGUGGUACACAGGGGUCCUGGAGAGUUUAUGCUUGGAUACUCUGCCCUCCUGCUGGGGCUGAGUGGGGUAGCAGGGUGGAGGUAGGGGCUUGGCCAUCUCACCCUCUCCAUAGGGAGUUUGCUCUGCAGCCUGAGUGACCUACCCCCAGCGACAGCCCACCGUAGGCACCCCUGCCCCAGUGUUUAUACGUGGAUACCCCUAAUCCAGCAAUUGCUUCUCUUCUCACCUCAUCCCUAUGUAAAUUAUUCCUACUUUUUGUAUGAAUAGGCUGCACUAUGGGUCUUGACCAGAAUACUCAUAGACCCAAAGGCCAGAAGUGGCCAUUGACAUCAUCUAGUCUGAUCUCUUGUAUAACAAAGGCCAGAGAACUCCCCCAAAAUAAUUCCUACUGCAGAUCUUUUAGAAAACAUCCAAUCUAGAUUUUAAAAUUGCCAGUGAUGGAGAAUCCAUCAUAAUCCAUGGUAAAUUGUUCUAGUGGAUAAUUGCCUUCACUGUUAAAAACGUACGCCUUAUUUCCUUCUGAAUUUGUGUAACUUCAGGUUCCAGCAUCGGAAUGUGUUAUACCUUUCUCUGAUAGAUUGAAAAGUCCACUAUCGAAUAUUUGUUUCCCAUGUAGGUACUUUGAUUUGAUCAGUCUUUAUCUUCUCUUUGUUAAGCUAAACAGAUAGAUUCAAGUUGUUCAAUCACUAUAAGAUAUGUUCUCUAAUCCCUUAAUCAUUCUUAUGGUUCUUCUCUGAACCCCCUCCAAUUUAUCAACAUCCUUCCUGAUUUGUGGACACCAGAACUGGAGACGGUAUUCCAGAAGCAGUCACCCCGGUGCCAACUGCUGAGGUAAAGUGAACUCUCUUCUUACUCAAGAUUUCCCCUGUUUAUGCAUUCCAGGAUCACAUUAGUACUUUUGGCUACAGCAUUUCACUGGGAGCUCACGUUCAGCUGACUGUCCACCAUGAGCCCCAAAUCUCCUUCAGAGUCACUGCUUACUAGGAGAGAAUCCCCCAUCCUGUAAGUGUGGCCUACAUUCUUUGUAUACAUUUAUAUUUAGCCAUAUUAAAAUACAUUGUUUGCUUGAGCCCAAUUUACCAAGAAAUCCCGGAUGCUCUAUAUCAGAGACCUGUCCUCUUUCUUAUUUACUACCCCCCAAUUUUUGUGUUAUAUGCAAAUUUGAUCAGUGAUAAUAUGAUGAUUUCUUCCAGGUCAUUGAUAAAAAUGUUAACCAGGGUAGGUUCAAGAGUCAAUCCCUGCAGAAUCGCCCCAGAAACCCUGUUUGAUGAUGAUUCCUCAUAUACAAUUACAUUCUGAGAGCUUUCAGUUAGCCAAUUUUUAAGCCAUUUAAUGCAUGCCAUGUUAAUUUUGUAUCCAUCUAGUUUUUUAAUCAAAAUAUCAUGAGGUACUGAGUCAAAUUACAUAAACACUUACUUUGUUCAACCAAACUUGUAAUCUCAUUACAAAAAGAUCAAGUUAGUUUGAUUGGGAUCGAUUUUCCAUAAACCCGUGUUGAUUGGCAUUAAUUAUAUUACCCUCCUUUAAAUCCUUAUUAAUGGAGUCCUGUAUCAGCUGCUCCAUUAUCUUGCCUGGGAUGAAUGUCAUACUGCCAGUCUUAUAAUUACUGGGUCAUCCUGCUUACCUUUUUUAAAUAUUGGCACAUUAGCUUUCUUCCAGUCUUGGAACACCAGGGAAGUUCCAGAAGAUUUAUUGAAAAUCAACAUUAAUGGUCCAGCGAGCUCCUCAGACAGCUCUUCUUAAAAGCUCUUGAGUGCAAGUUAUCUGGACCUGCUGAUUUUCAAAUGUCUGUCUGCUGUUUUACAUCCUCCUGAGAUACUGGUAUCGUAUGAUAUGAGUUUUCCCACAAAUACAGAACAGAAAUAUUUAUUGAACACUUCAGCCUUUUUGCAUUAUUAUUGAUAAUUUUACAUUUCCAUCUAGUAAUGCACAUAUUACUGGGGCGGGGAGGGGGAAGUUAUACCUAUUCCUAGGAUGUACCAGUUAGAAUUUUGAUGUCUAUUUGUAUCAUGGAUAUCCAUGGGCCAACUGAAUCCCUAGUGUGAACUCCAUUGACAUCACAGGAGUCACAUCAGGGAUGGAUUUGGCCCAAUUUAGAUCCACCUUGAUGCAAACAAGUCAAUAUGAAUGCAUAAAAAUAAUUAUUAGAGUCAGGCUGGGUAAAAAUGGGAUCUCUAGAAAAUGCUCCAUUUCAUAAGACACCCCUAGCAACUAUAUAUCCUGAUGGCAUUAAAUAGUCUCCUUUGGGAGCCUUUCAUUUCUUUCCACGCUUUGAUGUAUCCGUAACUGUAAGUUACCUCACACUCUCUCCCUCUGCAACCCCUGCGCCAGGUCACAAUGGCUGGAGUGGGGAGCCAGGCCCAGACCUGUGGGACAGGAACUGCUGCUGCAGGGUGAGCAUGGGGCAGACCCAUGCACUGCCACCCCGCCCUACUAGAGUAGGAGACGUGUGUUUUUACCUGUCUCCCACCCUUGGUUUCAGGGUUUCUAUGAGUUCAGCAAAGCCCAGGCUAAACCCGCCACUGCUGCCCAACCCACAGUUUGUACAGCAAGCUCUCAACAUUCUUUCUUAUGUUUCCUCUGGAACCACAGGCAUGACACUGCCCUGCCAGCUGGUUGGUCCUCCCUGCAGUUACUGUGAGGUAAAGCUGCAGAUCCAGUCUCUCAUGGGGAAAGUGUUAGCCUUGAAUUGAUUGCCCAAUCAGCAACCUGGUUACAGGAUGUAAUUUUAUGAAGAGGAUAAAGAAAAUUGGCUUCCAAGGUAACACUUUGUGGUUCUAGCAAGUUGCUUCUCUCCUGAAAUUUUAACUGUCUCAUGAUGGUUUGGGAGUCUCAGUGCUUCCUAAAAAAGCAUGAACAUGACCGUCAUGUCAUACAUAUUUGGAUACUUCACAUUUUGGAUGUUCACCCAGUUUGUGAAAACAACUACUAGACCAAUUCAUAUGUUGUGCAAUGUGAGCACAACUGCGUUGAAGUCAGUGGAGUUGCCACCUGCCUUACAUCUGGCCUGGAUUUUGCCCCGUUUUAGUUUAAGGUUUGAGUCCCAAUGUCAGUUAUAAAUGUAUCCAGAUAUAUAAGAUUUUCACACUAGGGCUGAAUGAUUCAUUUCUAGUAAAUAAUAUAAACAGCUGUACAAUUGCUGCUUCUCUUUCUGUUUGGGAAAUGUCCUCAGGCAUUUUGAGAUUUUCUCAUAUUUCAGAUUAUUUACUGAAAUACUGCUAUGAAUGGGUGCCAGUUCUUCAAGGACUCAAGCACAUGCUUAACGUGACACAUUGGGAAAAGUCCCUUUCACCUCAAUCAUAGAAUCAUAGAAGAUUAGGGUUGGAAGAGACCUCAGUGCGACUAUUCACAGUACAUAAAGUGAAGGACACGUGCAUAUCUUUGCAGGCCCAAGAAUCAUUCAGAGAAAUCAUUCAUUGAAUUAUCUUUCCACCCUAUAAGUAAAUCUCAGUGAAUUCAAUGGGACUGCUCAGUGUGUAAAGUCUAGCAUUGUGCAUAAGUCUUUGCAAGACUGGAGCCUUUGUCUAGAGAUUGUUCAUGAGCACUCGUGAGCAUUCAGUAUUCAAAGUGUGCAAUUAUAGUUGCAUCAGUUAGUUUUAACUGGACACACACAGCUCAUCUAGGAUUGUUUGUGUUCCCUGAUUGGCUAAAUGUGAUUCAAGUUUCUAGCUCCAAUAAGUUCAGAUUCUCUAAUGUUCACUUCAAAUUGGCUGUUUUAUAGAAGACUUCCAGCCAGAAAGCUCAUUUGAUAGAAUGUUUAUGGGAACUGAACACAAAAUGGGCAUGAAUGCAGCCAAAAUGACCAAUAUGGUGACAGGAUAAAUAUUGCCAGAAAAGGGGAUUCAGGGUUUUCACCCUGCUGUAACUGAUUUUCUAAAACCACCUCCUUUAGACCUGACAAUCUGGUAUUAUUCCAAUCUUGAAGGGGUGGGGGCGGGAUUGGCAACAUCAAAGAGAAGGGUGCGCAUUUUCCAAAAAUCUCCCCCUUCGUCAUUGUCAGAAGGACUGAUCAGGCCUGAGCCUCCAUUGCCCUGCACCUUGUGCAAUCAGUUACUCUGGCACACAGUGGGUAUCAAUCUUUACCACUCUAACUUGGUAGCACUUUGUACCAGUUUAAGUGACUACACAAGAUGCAGGACAAUGAAGAAUCAGACCCAUCGGCUAAGAUUAGAAGACUAUGAUGGGCCAAAACUGUAAUUAAAUCAGGGAGUUAUGAAAAUAAGGGGUCGUCACCUUCAAAUCCGCGUCUAUAGCAUCACUGCAGCUGCCAUAGAUAAACAACCAAAGAGAGACAGACAAUCUCUUUAGAAUAAUGUGUGGGUGCUGUAUAUAGCUCUAGGAGGAAGGAAUCCCACACUGAUUCUGGAAAGCAGGGGAUCACCACCCCAAACAUCCAAUCACCCUUGUCUUAUUCUAAAAGGGAUUAAGAGCAUGUGCUCACCACAAGAACACAAAGGAGCCGAUUGCCUGACUGGUGGGUAUAUAAGCUUUCAAGAGAGGCUAGAUGAGAAGGAAGAAGGCAAAAUCCUGAAAGAAUAGUGGGGAUUGGCUUCUUGCCACCUCAGCCUGAACACCUUUUCCCUGUCCCUUUAGGAACUUUGGCAGAAGGAAGCUCUGUUCAGGCCUUAAAAAGGCAGGAAAAUGUUCAAUUACUUUUGUUUAAGGUGUUCCAAGUCUCUUGCUUAUCCUACUGCUGCUUCAACC